CACUUUUCUAUAACCAUAAGAAAUUAAAUAGUAAAAGCACAUCAAUGAACUUACCUUAUGAGACCAUAGUUUGUGACAGUGAUAUCAGCUUGGAAUAUACUUUGGAUAAAGAAUACCACAGCAGUAUUUACACUAAAGCUUGGCACAAAACCUUGCACGAAGAC